GAGCUGGUCAAUCUAGAGACACAGAGCUUUGCUGUGACCAGUGAAGAGGACCAUGCCCAGGAACUGCUGAUCUCAAGCUACCAGAAUCAUGUCAUCAGGCCAGCGGCUGUGGCGUACAGCUAUGCCACCCUACCGCCAGAACAGCUCCACAGCCUCAGUGCCCAGGUCCCCUGGCUCAGGUGGCAGCCCCAAGUCCCCCAGUACUCCUGGCUCAGGUGGCAGCCCCAAGUCCCCCAGUACUCCUGGCUCAGUGAAGGUGGCCUCCCCAUUGGAGUGUUCCAUCUGCUUCUCAGGCUAUGACAACAUCUUCAAGACGCCCAAAGAGCUUUCCUGUGCUCAUGUCUUCUGUCUUGAGUGCUUGGCUAGGCUGGCAGCUGCCCAGCCUGCAGGCCGUCCUGGCAGAGAAGCUGUGCCCUGCCCAUUCUGCCGACAGCCCACAACUGUACCUGCCGCUGGGGCUCCUGCACUGCGCACCAGUCGUCAACUACAGGCAAAGAUGCCAGCGCACCUACAGAGAGAGGAGCCUGUGUGGCUUGAGGGCACCAAACUGUAUUGCCGCCCCUUGCCCACCACUUCUGGCCAAGAGGCCAGUGACUUUGUGUGUGUGGAUGUAGGCCUGAGCAAACCACCUGAGCCCACCCUACCUGUAACUGUCCAAGACCCUGCACCCAACCCAGGCCGUCUGGCACGCUGUUGGGCACGCUUUGGGGACUGGCGUCGUGUAGCACUGGUUUCUGUGCUGUUGCUGGUGCUAUUUUGUGUGAUACUCUGGCCUGUGCAGUGUGCACUCAAAACUGGAAAUCUGCGUUGCAUUAACCGGCCACUUGCAGCCACUGUCUCCGCCACUGCCACCACAGAUGCCCUCUCCCUUGGGCUCUUAGCCAACAGCUAGGGUCUAUUUGAACAGCUCCAUGGAUGGGUCUCUGACCCACUGAGAUCAAGAACACGGCAGCUUUUGAAGUUAGUUGGUCCCCCAGAAUUCCAUAUAGGACACGUAUGUGUCCGUUACUCUCCAGGACUAAGUGCCAAUGAGGACAAAAGAGUCCUCAAAGCCUCUAAAAACUACAGGCUUCUAAAGGCUCCAGAAACUGCCCUGGGACCCUGUGAUACAAAUGGGAAAAGGAAUCCAUGGAUUUCUGGUCAGGUGCCUGGCCUCCCUGGACACACUGAAUUGCCAAAACAGCAGGAGUUUGCCGUCCUCCUUCCUUAAGACUGGUUCUCUAAGAGUGAAAAUGAACAUGAAGGACACCUCUGCCCCUGCCACAGCACCACAGCAGGAACUUGCCUGCUAUCCCUGGCCAUUAUGAAUGGUACAUUUUAAA